AUGCCGGGCACACCGGCCAGAAAAGGUGACCCACCUCCAACCAGAAUAGUACGAGUCUACCGGAACGGGGACGCCUUCUUUCCCGGAAAGACAAUAGCGGUGAACCCGCGGCAGGUGUCGACCUUUGACGGCUUCCUGACCUCCGUGACCCGCAGGGUGGAGGCUCCGUUCGGCGCCGUCAGGAGGCUCUACACGCCGGGGCUGGGCCACGCGGUCCGGCGUCUGGACGAGCUGAAGCACGGGAGUGUGUACGUAGCCGCCGGGAAGGAGCAGUUUAAAAUGCUGGGCUACAGCGAGAUCACAACCAAGAAGCCGGAGAAUAAGAAAAGAGAACAGAUCCAACCUGUUGUUCACAGCAGAAUAGUAGUUUCUGCUCGCUGGAAGAGAACUGCUGAUGAGUCCUGCACAAUAAAUGUUUUUACAAACGGGGAUGUCCUGGGGCCACCAGCUCGGAUCCGGAUCCCAAAGUACACUCUCCGAAGCUGGGAGAAUGUUUUGGCCAUGGUGACGGAGAAAGUGCAUCUUCGCACCGGUGCUGUGUACAGGCUUUGCACAUUAGAUGGACAGCCUGUCUGCGCUUCCACUCAACUGGAGAACAACCAGCACUACGUUGCAGUUGGUGCAGAAAGGUUUAAAGCUCUCCCAUAUGAUCGCUGCGUCCCCAGGGCUUAUAUCAGGGAAAACAACUCAAUUGAAAGUCAAGACGUCCUGCCUCCUAUUAGAAAGACAAGACAUGUAAAGGAUGUGUUUCCUCACACAGGCUUUAGUGCGGACCCCGAGCACACAGCCAGGGGCCAGAUGAAGAAACACACGGCCAAGCCAGACGGAACCAAACAUCAGAGGCGGGUGUCCAGAAGCACCGUUCUCCACCCAACAGGGGAGGGCAGUGUGUUCAAUGCGCAAAACAAAAGGAGUGAGACGGCGGGAGCGGCCGAGGUGCAGGAGGACGGCCGGCUGGAGGUGGACCUGCCGAUUGAUCAGGUUGAGGCCAAGAUAGUUGAAGAGGAGUACGGAGAUGAGAGCGGUUCUGCGAGUCCUUCCAAGGCCCCCCCGCAUGAUUCACACGGCUGGUGUCUGCAGAGGUCUUUGUCUGCAGCUCCACAAAAGCAUGCGGCUGAGGCUAAGGAGAGGGAGGUGUCUUCCAGGCUCAGCAGAAUACGGUCACGGAUGUCCCGCUUUUUCAAGGGUGCUCUGCUUGCUGGCCUGCACGAAGUGGACAUCAAAGUUGCAUGUGCCGUGGCUCUGUUUAAUCCUGGCUAA